UUUUAUUCGCUUUUCACUCGAUUUCCGGUGUUAUCAUGGUUUAUUGCGUCAGUGGACUUCAAGGAAACGUUAUAAGACAACGCCCAGAAAUAUUUUGCAAGGUGGGAAUCGAAGUUGUUGAAGUAAAAUUAGUCUGGCGCGAAUCCAAAUAUUCUGAAGCCGCGCUUCCUAACCUACACUUCAAAUCACGGCGAAAAGAAGGGAUUCAAUUUGAUUUAUCGAAUUGUGAAAUUGAAUAUUAAAUGUAACGAUUAUAAAGAGUUAUCAACAUAUAUUGAGUUAACUCAUUAUUAAAUUUGUUAAAACAUAUUUUGCUUGUGAUACAAGAUAGAAACA